GAUCCACCCAUCCUCGCCUCGACCGAAUGAAAGGCUAUGGUUUUCUCUUGGAGGAUUUUUUGGGCAUUCCUCUUCUCCCCGAUUAGUUGUGAUCUCAGUUGGGAUUUCUUUGGCUUCAUGCUGAGAAAAGGAUUUUUUUUCAACCUUUUGCUAAGAAUCCGGUGGUGAUCAAGGAAAAGGGGGGAAAUAAAUCAUUCACCCUGGCCGAGAAAACACAAGCACUGAGAAGUCUCCAAGAAAUAGACCACGUGAGGGGGAAAAACUGGGAGAAGACCCGGAAUACCAUCGUUUUUCCUAUGGUAAAACCGGUGCCCCUCUUCAGGAAAACUGAUUUCCAAUUAUUAUUAUGCAACCACAGGGAUCUCUUCUUUCUCAGGGUGUCUAAGCUGCUGGAUUGCUUUUCGCCCAAAUCAAUGUGGUUUCUUUGGAACAUUUUCAGCAAAGGAACGCAUAUGCUGCAGUGUCUUUGUGGCAAGAGUCUUAAGAAAAACAAGAACCCAACUGAUCCCCAGCUCAAGGGAAUAGUGACCAGGUUGUAUUGCAGGCAAGGCUACUACUUGCAAAUGCACCCUGAUGGAGCUCUCGAUGGAACGAAGGAUGACAGCACGAAUUCCACACUGUUCAACCUCAUCCCAGUGGGACUACGCGUCGUUGCUAUCCAGGGAGUGAAGACAGGGUUGUAUAUAGCCAUGAAUGGAGAAGGCUACCUCUACCCAUCAGAACUUUUUACCCCUGAAUGCAAGUUUAAAGAAUCCGUUUUUGAAAACUAUUAUGUAAUCUAUUCAUCCAUGCUAUACAGACAACAGGAAUCUGGUAGAGCCUGGUUUUUGGGAUUAAAUAAAGAAGGGCAGGCUAUGAAAGGCAACCGAGUAAAGAAAACCAAACCAGCAGCUCAUUUUCUACCCAAGCCAUUGGAAGUCGCCAUGUACCGAGAACCAUCUUUGCACGAUGUUGGAGAAACGGUCCCGAAGGCUGGGGUGACGCCGAGUAAAAGCACAAGUGCGUCUGCAAUAAUGAAUGGAGGCAAGCCAGUCAACAAGAGCAAGACCACAUAGCCAGAUCCUCGCAGGCGUUGUGACUUACUUGUCCUGAGCACCGCUGAGCGAUUUAUCUCCUUCCCAGACAUUCCUACUCCUGUGGCUGCCAAGCGGCGGGAGCAAGCUGAUGCUGGCUUUGUGCUGUCUUGAAACUUCUUUGUACUGCAGUGGAUAGAUCUGAACCUGUGGGUCCCCCCCACGACAAGAAGACACGUGGACAACCAGCUAACUCAGACCAUGGAAUGCCCUACCAGAUAUGGAAUGCCUUUUUACUCUCUUUUCUGUGACUGUGACACUUUCUGUGAAUGACGUCCUUCACAAGUACACUCUAUACCUUUGCCUGCUGACAGCUACCCAUAACCCUUUUUGAGUCCCGUUUCAGCGAAAUCCAUGUGUUUCAGUUCGAUUUUGUAGCCCACAGAUAAUAUCGAGUAAUUUCUAGUUAGACGCUGUAAACCUGUGCUAUCCUGGAGUUCUCUUCUCCUUUUUACAAGGCUGCUCGCUCCACUGUUCUGUGACCUUUUGGCAGGGAUUGUGACCCUCGGAAUCUCAAAUGUUUCAGUUGGCAUAGACUGGAGAGCAAAUCAGGGAAUGGGGAAGCCUUCUAAACCUAUUACGACAAAUCGCAUCUAUAAAGAUUUAAGAUCGUUGUCUCCGGCUCACAUUAUUGAUUAAACACACAUAUAUACUGUAUCCAGUAGCAGAUACUGUGCUCCCAAGAUGGCCAUUGCCCGGGUGGGACAAGGGUCAAACACAAUCAUGGAAAGCUUUCUACGAUCAG